GACUUGUAUUCUUCCUCUUCUUCUUUAAUAAUAAUUUUAAAAACAAACUCUCCUAAUUAACAAUCAAUUUAACCCUUUCCAUCUCUAUAUAGAUGGCUUGUAUCAGUGAAACAAAAAGCACUUCCAAUAUCAAGAGAGAAACAAUGGAGAACAGGAAUCAAAAGGUCUGGUUAGCUCAUGUUUUAGUUCUCCCAUAUCCUGCUCAAGGGCACAUAAACCCAAUGCUUCAAUUCUGCAAACGCUUAGUGUCCAAAGGAGUCAAGGCCACGCUAGCCAACACAAGAUAUCUCUCCAAAUCCAUGACCAUAGAACCAACCAGCAUGAUUGAUUUUGAAACCAUAUCUGAUGGCUUCGAUGAAGGUGGCUAUGCGCAGGCUGAAAGCCCAGAAGUUUACUACUCUACUCUCAAAGCCGUUGGUUCAGAAACCUUGGCUACUUUAAUCAAGAAUCUCAAUGAUUCUAGCCACCCUGUGAAUGCUCUUGUUUACGAUGGGUUCUUUCCAUGGGCACUUGACGUUGCCAAGCAAUUUGGGGUGCUGAGUGUUGCAUUUUUCACUCAAUCUUGUGCUGUCAGCAACGUGUAUUACCAUGUGCAGAGGGGUCUCCUUCAGGUUCCAUUAACAGAGCCAGUUGUUUCACUUCCUGGAUUGCCGAUCCUGGAAGCUUCAGAGACGCCAUCUUUUAUAUAUAAUAUCAGCUUAUAUCCUAUUGCUAUUUACGAUCUGUUGGUGAAUCAGUUCACAAACUUUGAUGAAGCAGACUGGAUUCUUCAUAACACUUUUGAGAAAUUGGAGGAAGAGGUUUUGGAUUGGAUGGCUAAAAGUUGGAAAGUGAGGACGAUAGGACCAACACUUCCAUCCAUGUACUUGGAUAAAAGAAUAGAAGAUGAUAAUGACUAUGGGAUCAAUCUCUUCAAGCCUAAUUCUAGUGCUUGCACAAAUUGGUUGCUUGACAAGCCCAGUGGUUCAGUGGUUUACGUGUCUUUUGGGAGCAUGGCAGAACUUGGAGUUGAACAAAUGGAGGAGUUAGCUUGUGGGUUGAAGGGAAGCAACCGCUAUUUCUUGUGGGUUGUUAGAGAAUCACAGCAAUCUAAGCUGCCUGGCAACUUCAUAGACGAGACAUCUGAGAAGGGUUUGGUGGUUGCAUGGUGCCCACAGCUGGAGGUCCUAGCCCAUGAGGCGAUUGGUUGCUUUCUUACCCAUUGUGGGUUCAAUUCUGUUCUUGAAGCUUUGAGCUUGGGAGUUCCAUUAAUAGCAAUGCCACAUUGGUCAGACCAGCCCACUAAUGCUAAGUUUGUGGAGGAUGUUUGGAAAAUGGGAAUUAGAGCUCGGCCUGAUGAGAAUGGUAUCGUGAGAAGAGAAGUAGUGGAGCUUUGCUUAAGGGAAGUAAUGGAAGGAAAGAAAGGAAAUGAAAUUAAGGAAAAUGCAAGGAAAUGGAAAAAGUUAUCCAAAGCAGCCAUUGAUGAAGGUGGAACUUCAGACAGAAACAUAGAUGAAUUUGUGGCGACAUUAAUUAAAUCCUAAUAUUGUUUUAUGUCUGAGCAAUUUCAAUAACUUUUCUUCAACGUACUUACCAACUCUGAAUUAUUAAUAUAAGCAUAUCACUCCUUUUUUAA